CAUACGCUGUAAAGGAUUACGUUUAAUCCUCGACAAGCAAUAAUAUUUACAUGAUAAAAGUGAAGAUUUUUGUAAAGGUGACAGAGAUUAUCUCUAUAAAUACGAUCUAAAAACCCACUAAAAGCAGUAGUUAUUGGUGUGUUACAAUCAGACGCUUUUGAGAUGUUUGCUCGUGCGGACAGAUGGUUAUGCAUGAUUUUUGGGCUAUGCGUGAUUGACGUAGGAAUCUCCCAGAAGCCAGAUUUGGGACUUGUGUACCAGUGGACGCAACUAGAGUUCGAUUACCCGAAUGCCAAAGCAAGACAAGACGAUAUUGAUAGUGGAAAUUUUGACCCGACGUCCGCUGCUCCCAUAGAUGUAGAUGUACACUACUCUUAUGCUCCGAAUAAGAAGAAUCGGGUUUUUGUCACUAUUCCAAGGUUUCAAGAGGGAGUUCCGGUGACACUUGGUGUCGUUACUGACAAAAAACUUAACAACAAUCCGAUUAUUCAGCCGUUUCCAUCGUGGGAAUGGCACACGAAUCCAAAGCGGUGCAAGAGGGAUCGGCUGGUUUCAGUUUUUCGUGUUAUGAUAGACGAAUGCCAGCGCUUAUGGGUUUUGGACACAGGACGAGUACUCAGCGAACAAACGUGCCCACCACAAAUCCUUGCCUUCGACCUCCAAACGAACAUGCUAAUCCACAGAUACGAGAUACCAGAGGACUUAAUAGAGGUCAACAGAUCCAUUUUAGUAACUCCAGUCGUCGAUGUCAGAGACGCUCAUGGAAAAUGCAAAGACACCUUCGUCUACGUAGCAGACUGCCAAGCUUAUUCUAUCAUAGUCUACGACGUCCAGCGCAACGAAGCCUGGAAAGCUACGCACAAAUCCAUGUAUCCAUACCCGAGUUACGGUACUUACAGUAUUCUAGGUGAUAGUUUCGACCUGAUGGAUGGUGUUUUGGGAAUGGCUUUAGAACCGUAUAAGCCAGGCCAAGACAGGAAGCUAUUCUACCACGCCAUGUCUAGUCCUACAGAGAACUGGGUCUACAGUGCAUUUCUGAGAAAUCGUUCCAGGUUUAUCCACAAUCCAGAAUCAUCGCCAGAGGUCUUCCACACUUACGUUGGAGAGCGAACCACUCAAGCCGCAGCCGAAGCCAUAGACAAAGACGGAAUCAUGUAUUUCGGUCUCAUGAGUGACGUCACUUUCAACUGCUGGAACACUCGCACAGAAUACGGUCGUAAAAACACAGAAGCCAUUUCGCGAAAUCGCCAGACUCUGCAAUUCGCUAGUGGAGUUAAAGUGGUCACAAAUAGUAAAGCGUCGCAAGAAGUUUGGGUGAUGACGUCACGGUUCCAGAAAGUUGCCACUGAGUCUCUUUCGCAGUCGGAGGUGAAUUUCAGGAUUCAGGCUGGAAGGACGGAGGAUUUGGUAUCAGGGACAAUUUGUAAGAGUGGUCAACACAGCCAUAGCAGACCGUCUGGGAGCGGUGGAGGUUAUGGGUUGGUUAAGCCUCCGACGAAUAGGUAUGGGUCAACCAACACAAAUCAGAAGAAAUGAGGUGCCUAAGCUUUAAAGAGUUGUAUUAUUUAUUUUGUAAUUAUUAGUAUAUGUAGUAUUCACAAAAUGUUGAUUAAUAAAGUUAAGUUUUAAGAUUUUUUGAA